GGAAGCCAUGAUUGUUGCACAGUUCAAAUAUUCGGCAUCUAGGUAAUCAACAUAGAACCCCACUGAAUAGAAAUCAAGAAGUUGAUUAUUUUAGUUUACUCAUUCAUGUCAGCUGAUUACUCUCCUCAAUUAUUUACAACUUCAGAUUUAGAUUUAGAAAUGGUAUGCUUGACGACAACAUUUUGUGCACCUGAAUUAUUAUUAAGUAGAUGUUAUGAUAAAGCUAUUGAUCUAUGGGCACUAGGUAUACUAUUGUAUAUAAUGUUAUGUGGAGAUGAUCCUUAUAAAUCUAAAUCUGGUAGUGAUUUAUACCGUGCUAUACUUCACUGUGAUAUUGAGUUUAAAUCUCCUUCAUGGAAAUCAAUUAGUUUGGAUGCUCAAGAUGUUGUUAAACGUCUUUUAUUGGUAGAUCCAAAAUUAAGAAUCAUUACACCACAUUUGUUGAAUCAUCCAUGGUUUAUCAUGUUAGAUGAAAAUGAAAAACAUUUAGAUUCAAUACAGGAGAAACUAGAACAUUUUAACAAACAGCGUUCAGAAAAAUAUUUUGACAUAGAAUAUGAACAAGACUGGAUAACAUGUGAAUAUAUGAAGCUACCGCAAAGAAGUACAGAAACAGUCCUACCGAAGGUGUAUGAUGAGAAUGUAGAAGCAGAAACAGUAAUUGACAAGGACUGUGAUGACAUCGUAUUGAUCGAAGAUACAACAGAGAACGUCCAACCAGUUAGCCAAAACGAUAUCAGCAUUGAUUCAAAUGAGGCGAAUGAAUUAAUUGAUACAACUUCUGAUCAAUUCAUAGCAAGUUCAUUGAAGAACUUACUUCAUGAAUAUCAUUUAUUGAAUGAUCAAAAUUCAAUAUUAAAUGAACAAGAUCUACAUGGAAUAAAUCAAGAAAACCAAGUAUUAAAUGGUGAAAAUGAACCAUUUGAUGUUACUAUGAUGAACAGUAAUGACAAUGAGCACAUGUAAAGGAUCACUUAUGAUGUGAAUAAAUGUGAUCAUCUUAUUGUAUGACUUAGAUUCCUCGAAUAACUUCAAACUCUCUACACUAUUUUACAUUUAUUUUCAAUGAUCAAGUAGAUUCUUAAGAAGAGGACUUAUUAUAAAUGUAGUUUACUCAAUAAACGAGAAGUUUGUUUUAA